AUGGUUCAAUCUAAAUCUUAUACAAGUCUUGCAAAUAGAAGACAAUCAUCAUUUUUUCAUAAUUUACCACAAGCUGAACCAGAUAUUUAUUAUGUUGGUGUUGAUGUUGGUACUGGAUCAGCUAGAGCUUGUUUAAUUGAUACAAAUGGUAUUAUAUUAGGUUUAAGUGAAAAACCAAUUCAAAGAAAAGAAUUAAUUCCAAAUUAUAUAACUCAAAAUUCAACUGAAAUUUGGAAUGCAAUUAGUUAUUGUGUUAAAUCUUGUAUUAGAGAUUCAGCAGUUGAUCCAAAUGAUAUUUUUGGUAUUGGUUUUGAUGCUACUUGUUCUUUAGUUGCUGUUUCAGAAUCAAGUGAUGAACCAGAAUCUGUUGGUCCAGAUUGGCAAGCUACUCAAGAUAAUAUUAUAUUAUGGAUGGAUCAUAGAGCAGUUAAAGAAACUGAAGAAAUUAAUGCAACUGGUGAUAAAUGUUUAAAAUAUGUUGGUGGUCAAAUGUCAAUUGAAAUGGAAUUACCAAAAAUGAAAUGGCUUAAAAAUAAUAAACCAGGUGGUAUAAAAGAUUGUAAAUUUUAUGAUUUAGCUGAUUUUUUUGCUCAUAAAGCAACUGGUUCAGAAACUAGAUCUUAUUGUUCUGUUGUUUGUAAACAAGGUUUUGUUCCAAUUGGAGUUGAUGGUUCAAAAGAAGGUUGGAGUAGAGAAUUUUUGGAAUCGAUAGAUAUGAAUGAAUUAAUUGAAGAUGAUUUUAGAAGAUUGGGUGGUAUACCUGGUAAAAAUGGUACUUAUAAAACCGCUGGUGAUAUUGUUGGUAAAUUGAGUAAAAAAGCAGCUGAAGAAUUGGGUUUAACAACUGAAUGUAUUGUUGGUUCACCAGUUAUUGAUGCUUAUGCAGGUUGGGUUGGUACUGUUGCUGCCAAAGCUGAUAUUCCAUCAUUAAUUCAUGAACAUAAUGAUAAUUCAAUUGGAACUGCUUGUGGUAGAUUAGCUGCUGUUGCUGGUACUUCAACGUGUCAUAUUGCAAUGACUAAAGAACCAUGUUUUGUUCAAGGUGUUUGGGGUCCUUAUAAAGAUGUUAUGGCAAAAGGUUAUUGGUUAGCUGAAGGUGGUCAAUCAAUUACCGGUCAAUUAUUAGCUCAUGUUUUAUCUAUUCAUCCAGCAAAUCAUGAUUUAUUGAAAGCAGCUGAACAAUCAAAUAUUUCAAAAUUUGAUUAUUUAAAUACUUAUUUAGAAUCAUUGGUUACUGAUAAAAAAGUCAGAUCAGUUGUUUCAUUAAGUAAACAUAUGUUUUUCUAUGGUGAUUUCCAUGGUAAUAGAUCUCCAAUUGCUGAUCCAAGAAUGAAGGCCUCAAUUAUUGGACAAUCAAUGGAUAAUUCAUUAGAAGAUUUAGCUAUACAAUAUUUUGGAGCUUGUGAAUUUAUUGCUCAACAAACUAGACAAAUUGUUGAAGAAAUGGAAAAAGGUGGUCAUGAAAUUAAAUGUAUAUUUAUGAGUGGUGGUCAAUGUAGAAAUGGUUUAUUAAUGAGAUUAUUAGCUGAUUGUACUGGUUUACCAAUUGUUAUUCCAAGAUACAUCGAUGCUGCAGUUGUUUUUGGUUCUGCUUUAUUAGGUGCAGUUGCUGCCGAUCAAUUAGUCAUUGAACAUUGUCAAGAUAGAAGUAAAAGACAAGAAAAAUUGGCUAAAGAAAAUCCAGAACCAUAUAAAAAUUUAGAGUCACAUCAAGACGGUGUUUCAUCUCCAUAUAUUGCACCUUCAGCAACUUCAACUACUAAUUUAGCUCAUUUAGCUUAUGCUGGUCCUGGUUCUCAUCAUCAGUUAUCACAAAUGACACCAAUCAAAGAUGAAACUGAUUAUUUCAAUCAACCAACUGCUGCGAACGCUGAAGUUAAAUCUGAAGAUGAUUCAGAAGAUGAACAUGGUGGUGCAUUAUCAUUUGGCUCAAAACAGGAGACUCAAAAAGGUUUAAGUCAAAAAUUACAACAAUUGGGAUUAAAACCAUUAACUAAAUCAAAUUCAAAAACACCAGGUGGAUUAAAUGAAUCAGGUGCUUUAUUAUGGAAAAUUAUGCAAAAAAUGACUGGUCCAGGUAAAGUUAUACAUCCAAGUCCUGAAGAUCAUCCAGAUAGAAGAUUGUUGAACGCAAAAUAUAAAGUAUUCUUAGAACAAUGUUACAGUCAAAGAAAAUUUAGAGAAUUGGUUGAUGGAGUUGAAGAAGAAAACUUAAAGAAUGCAAAUAAAAAGUAG